AGAGAGGUUUGUUUUGUUUAUGUGUGGAGAGGUGGUUGCAGUCAGUGAUGAUUUUACAACACGCUGUCUCCUGCUGUUUAAAAUAUUUAGGCUGGGAUGAAAUGUUUUCUAAUAAUUAGUGAUUUUUGUGUUUGUUUAUUACCUGCACGGAGUUCCGUGUAAAGGAAAGCAUCCCUUUUCUGUGUUGAAUUUCACACACAGAGCGGAGCGCGUCAGUCGCAGCUACAGACAAGUCGAGCUUUUCAAUGAGAUGAUUUACUGAGAAACAAACGCGUUGAAGCUCCAGCAGAGCUCUGCGCGAUUCUGAAAGACCAAAGUAAAGUUACUCCUUGCAAAGACUGUUGUUUGUGUUCUUUCUUUAUCACACCAGAAGAAGUGAUGAAUAUAUUUGAAUGGGAAGGCUACAGUACAAAAUAAAUAUUAAUAAAUAAAAACCGCGGUGUUUCUGAUUGAAAAGAGGAUUCUGCUAGACCAGUCUGAAACUCAAACCAGUGAAGAUGGACGCGUCAGUGUGUCCGUGUCGCUCUUUCAAGACGAGCUCGCCUCUACCAUCGAGCACGCAGUGAAAGCGGCUCUACACACCGUCUUGUGCGCGAUUACUAAAGCUGUCGGCAGCAAAUUCACUGAAUUCAGAGUGGAAAUGGAAAAAAAAGGAGAAAGAGAAUGAAAGUGAAGCUGAGAUUGGAAAUAUCAGAGACCGAGCUGAAAGCUGUGCGAGCGUGUAUAAACGCUACAGAUGCAGACACUAAACAACCUUUAAUAUUUCAAGAUCCCAUAGAGAGCCACACUAUCCCUGAAUCUGAAGCACAGGAAGGGCUAAAGAUAGAAGCAGUUUACACACAAGAGGAGUCCUUUGAGCAGGAGUGCUGUGCAAGUCUAAUGCAGGUUAUAGAGCUGGCAUGUGUUAAAGAUGAAGAGGUCCCUGAACAGGAAUGUGUUCCUAUUAAAGAGAAAUUCAUAGAGCAGGAAUGUGUCCCCAUCGCAGAGGAACUUCCUCAUGAAAAUCAUGUCUGUACACUUCAGGAGAACAAGAAGCUGGGAUCCAACCUGUGUGAUGACUCUCCAUCUGAAUGUGAACUGGGAUUCAGAGCUUCUAAAGUAGAUGAAGGAGAACACGACUCCACUCUAUCACCCCAGUGCAAAAACUCUUCUAGAGGCAAACCACAGUGCAAGAAACACAGAGAAACGACACCCCAAGAAGAAAAUGUGAAGACAUUGAGAACUCACUCAGUUACAAUCCCUUCUUUACAAGACAGACACCCACUUACUGUGGAGAGUACAGAGAUGGCACAUUCUGUAUGUUAUAAUAAUAUUGAAUCCCAGGGCAACUUGAAGACCUUGCCUCAUUCUAUUGAAGGUGGGAAGAGUUCCUGUCAAUUAGACGCUCCUGAAACUCACAAGGGAAAUCCCACAGGAGGGACUACGUUUUCUUGGGCUGAUUGUGGGAAGAGUUUCAAUCAUAUAUCACUGCUUAAAAGACACCAGCGCGUUCACACAGGAGAGAAACCUUCCCACAUACAGACCAGUGAUAAGAGUUUCACACAGUUAGGAAAUCUUCAUUCACACCAGCACAUUCACAUAAGAGAGAAACCUUAUCACUGUUCUGUUUGUGGGAGGAGAUUCAGUGACUUAGGAUCCCUUAAAAGGCACCAGCGCAUUAACACAGGAGAGAAACCUUAUCAUUGUGCUGUUUGUGGGAAGAGAUUCAACCAGUUAGGACAUCUUAAAAGACACCAUAACAUUCACAUAGGUGUGUAAUCCUAUCCCUGCACUUAGUGUGAAGAAGUGAAGUCAGUUGCAGACUUACAGGACUAGAGAACAUUCUCAGAAAUGCAGACACUUGGGGACAACUAAACAACAGGAGUGCAUUUGACUAAACACAGAAAUAUUAACUGAAAACAGAAGUGGCUUGAUAAAUCUGGUCACCCUUAAUCACAAUUUGUUCAGAUCAAAAACUCACCAAAAUCUGUGUUCAUCAUGUUGUUGAGCAUUCUGAUUGUGUUACAUCACAUUAGUAAUAUAUUAAAUAGAUUGUUAUUAUGAGUGCAAGUUUCUCUUUUUCCUCCUGCACUGCUCAGCCUCUUGCAGUGUGUUGUGUGGAAUCUUCCCUGAUACCAUGGUGAAUCUGCGGUACCUCAAGACGCAGCACAGUAUACCACAGUUAUCAUGCGGGCAGCUUGAAGUGGAAAAUCAACACUGUUUCCAGCAGGGUGCGCCAGAGAGCUUUUAGCACGUUAAUGGGCUGCAUACCAUUGCUUCUUAACAAGGUGAUUUCUGCUCCUGAUGUGUUGAAUACUCCCCUCUCUCUCUAGUACUGGUCACUCUGCUGUGCUUGAAAGAGUGACUACAGUUAACUUCAACUUUUUAAAACCUUUAGUAUCCUCUAGUCUUUUUUUUUGUUCCAGACUGAAUUGAUUUAGUUCCCUCAACUGUUCUCUCAACAUAUUUAGGGUUGGUUGAGUGUACAAGGAAAACAACUGACUCUGGAGAGGAGUUACCAAUCAAUGCCAGCACACUGGAGAUCCAGAAUUCAGAACACAGAACCAGGGAGGACAUUCGGCCCAUCAGUGCAGCAGCUGAUUGAUCUCAAACCUGUUAAGUCGGGUCUUAAAGGAUACCAGCCCUAACAACAUGACUUGGUAACCCAUUCCAUCCCCUCACCACACUCUGUGAGAAGGUGUCUCCUACCCUCUGUCCUAUGGCUAUCCACACUUAAUUUCCAACAGUGCCCUCUGACCCUGGUGUCAGUGCUAUGCUUGAGGUAUUAGUUUGCGUUAACUUUGUCAACACCUUUCAAGUUUUUAAAGACUUCAGUCAAGUCCGCCUAAUUGUUCUGUGUUCAAGCUAAACAAAUUCAGUACCCUCUUCACAGCUUGUUCCUUUAAGCCCCGGGAUUAGUCUUCACCUUUAUGAUUGCUUCCCCGUUGCUGGUAGAAAUAAGUCUAUCACAACACCAAGGUCUUUCUCUCACACACACUGUGUAUUUCAAUCCUACUUUUUUCCUACUAAAAAGAGACUUGGUAAUACAUUUGUGAAAUGUUUCAAUAAGAAACAUGCACUCCACACCGUACAGCAGCUGACUGAUUUGCUAAUGAAAAGAAGCAGCUCAACCACAACACCUGGUAUAAUGAACAUGUUUGUGAGCCAGGUGUUUGCAGUGCUGUACUGUAGAUAUGAAAUUCCAGAGAAUGCUUCAUUUUGCAUGACUGAUAACUAAUCAAUCUAUUGCCUUAAAUACUGUAUAUGGGGCCACCUGUCUGCACCUGCUGACCCCAGCACUGAUCCUGCACUGUGUUAAGAGAACAAUGGAGAUCAGUGACACUGUGUCAAUAGAUUUGGAUCAUAGGGUAUAGAGGAAAUAGUUUUCAGGUGAAGUAUGGAAAUUUGGAAGAGGAGGGCAUCACACAGUAUCACAGUGUAGAGAAAGAAAGGGUCCUUGAUGAGGGUUUAGUGGUGAAGGAGUGCAUUUGCCUGGGAGAGGGUAUAAAACAGAGCAGGGUGGAGGGACCAGAGCAGCUGAAGAGUGGAAAAGCAGCAUCAGCACCUUGUCAAGAUGAAAGCCUGGACUACAAGAGCCAUUCUCCUCUCGGUCCUGACAGCAUUGCUUCUGUCAGGGGCUGAUCUCAGCAACACUUUGGAAGACUCAGAGGAACAGGAAGGAGCACUGGAGAACAAGAGAGCGCUGGAGGCAGAGGAUUCAGGCAACAGUGAUGCUGAGCUGGACAGUGAUGGACUCAAAGGAGAGCGGGAGUUGGGAGACAAUAUGAUGGAGAAAAGAGCUGACAUGGAUUCUGAAGUGGUCCUGACACAGUCCAUGGUAGUGAAGAAGGAUGCCCUGUCCAAAAGAUACUACAGAAGUAAGUGUGUGUCUCUCUGGAGCUGGCUCCUGGUUUGGGUGAACUGCAUGGAUUGUAGACUGAAGGUCAAUUGAUUGAAGACAUUGAGAAACACUUCAGUAUUACAACAUAUUCUACCAUGGAGUGGUUUCAUAGUUCUGGACAGACUGGAGGAAACACUUUGAAAUGAGCCCCUUGGUGUCUUCAUUAAGCUUGUAACAGCUAUCAGAAUCAACUGAUAUUCUCAGAGGAACAGAAAACAUUCCAGUAAAUGGAACACAAACAUGAAUAUAAAGUGAACUAUUAAAUCCAAUAACCACUGUUUCUGUUUUUCUUUUUCUUUCGAACAGCUUACUGUUGUAAGUAUUUUAUUUUAUUAUGGAACAUUAAUAUAUAGAAAUGAAUUGUAUAUAUAUUUUAAAUUGUAUUUAAUGGUGUGUGUUUAUUUCAUUUUCAGAUUAUAGCAUCUGUGCUCGUGGUAAGUGUGAAUCAGAUAUUUUAAUAAAAAUGUGACUGUACAGUACAAUACAAUACACAUGUACUGUGCGCAUCACAAGAAAUGAAUACAUGUUAACAAUGGGGCCUCCUACAGCUGAUGUUGAGAAUAUGGAAUGGGGUAUUAUUGUAUAAUAGUGUGAAUGAGCUGCUCUUAAUAAGAAUGCCAUCUUCAUUUAAUACAUACUCACAUAGUGAGGUGUUCUGUAUCCUGUGGGAGGGGAUAUAAAGAAGGAGCCCUGGCUUUGGAUUUUGUCAAUAAUAGAAAUGUACAAAUAGAGAGACACUCCUUUGAAAUAUAUAGCUCUCUAAUACACUACUGAGGCCCUAUUCUUGUAUAAAGCAGCCACUGCAGUGACUUCAAAUGGACUGAACUCAAUAUGUCACUUUUAUCUUUCACAGUAAGGUACAGAUGCUACUAUGGUAAGUAAAUGGAUUCUACUUUAUUUGAUGCAGCAAUCAGUGGGAUUUAUUUAUGAUUUUCAAUCAGGGCAUGAAUUGUUUAUCAGUGUAGCUUUGCUGAGAGGCUUCAGUGACACAGUGGCUAGAGUGCAGAGGUGCAGUGUGGAAGGUAGUGGGUUUGAGCAGUUCAAUGACUAGAGUGCAGAGGUGCAGUGUGGAAGGUAGUGGGUUUGAGCAGUUCAAUGACUAGAGUGCAGAGCUGCAGUGUGGAAGGUAGUGGGUAUGAGCAGUUCAAUGACUAGAGUGCAGAGCUGCAGUGUGGAAGGUAGUGGGUUUGAGCAGUUCAAUGACUAGAGUGCUGGGCUGCAGUGUGGUUUAGUUGUUUUGACUAGCUCAGUGGUUAGUGCUGGGCUGUAGUAUAGGAGUUAAUGGGUUUGAUAGCUCAGUGUUUAGAGAAAGUGGUGCCCUGCAGAGUGGAAGGCAAUGUGCAUGCUUGUGGAUCUGAGUAUUACUUUUUUAUUCAUUGGUCUUUUAGCAGUCGCUUUUCUCCAAAGUGCCUUCGAGACUAGGGGGUGUACUAUGCAUCAACAACUGCUGCUGCAGUCACUUACAAUAGGACUCCAGUUUUACGUUUUGACUUGCUCAGGGUCACACACAGUGAGUGAGUGGCUGAGCCGGGAUGUGAACCUCCUGGUAUCAAGCCCUUUUCUUUAACCACUGGGCCACUGUCCCUGAGUAGCUCAGGGGGUUGAGUUCUGGGCUACAGUGUGGAAGGCAGUGGGUUUAAGAAGCUCUGUGUUAAAAAUAGACUGUUCCUAAUUUUCUUUUCUUUUUUUGUGUAGCUCAUCACUAUCACUACUAUUUCUACUACCGUCAUGGGUACCGCUGCGCUCGCCACUGGCGUACCUACCGCUGCAGGCGAUGCCAGCACUACUGAGAAGCAGCAGCGCCCAGGGAUCACAGUGCUGGAGUUUACCUGACAGCAGACCUGCAAGCAAAGCUUAAACACACCAGCAACCUUCUUUUGUAGCAUUGCUGUAACCUUUCUGUUCUGGUCCCUCUCCCCACACACAGCUACAGCACCCAUACUUAUUUCUAUCAGGCCAUUCCCAGUUUGUUUAAAACAGCUGCUCCCUGUUGUGCAUUUGGUCAAUCUCUUCAAGGAUAUAUAAUAGAGAAAACAUUGCUUUUCUAUUGGGUGAUUCCCUACCUCUCAUGAAGCAGGUCUUUACAUUGUAUGGAAAGGUGUCCUUAUUUAACAUGUAGUCUCAGAUUCUCAGUGAGAUCACAUGCUCACACAUGUUUGAAUAGAAACACAGCUGCACAUGGGCACAUAUACAAAGCGUUACUUGGAGAGCGUGCUUGAUUGAUUUGCUCCAGCUCAUAAUCACUGCACCGAGUCAGGUUUGACCAGUAGACUCAUUUCUUCUCCCAGCUCCUCACAGCCACCCUGUGAUGUCACAAGUGUCCCGUGACAGGCCUUGUUCACAGACUGACAAAAACAUUGUGUUUAUAUAGAGAUUUUCUUCAUCUCUCACUUAUUUUAAAAUCUCUUUAUUUGCAUUCAUGACAACAAAUGAUCAAACUGUUGACCAGUAUAAAUGCUGUCCUGCCAAAACUACAGUAUCUGCUGUUACAUGAAACUGGGUAAAAGCCUCUCUCUUUCUGUAAAGCU